AUGCCGCCUUCAACGCCAGAAUGGCUUGCGGAGCAGUAUCACGCUGGUCAUUUCCACCUGCCAGAUGCUCAUCACCACAUCCUCUCUGACAAGGAGCAUGAAGCCCUUGCCAACGGUUUCAACAACCUCUCCACGGAGACAUCGGAAGAGCUGCGCCUAGAAAGGACACUGCUCGUGACUCGCAUUCAAUCUCAGCUUCCCUUGGGCUUCCCAUCUAUCUUCGCAGACCUCGUCUACCGCAUCCUGGCCUGUCACAGCACAGCGCCCUUCUACAAGUCUUCUUCCGCGCCUGUCCCGCAAUCGCUUUCUUUGCAGGACAUCGGGCGUGCACUAGCAUGGCUGCUCCCAGAUCGACACCUGUCGAUGUCGACAACGGGAACACAUGGCCGUGUGCGAACGCGUGCCGACCACCGACGUCUUCUAUUCCAGAGCCUCGCCACGCCUAGCCUCUCGACCGCAAAUAGCACGGCCAACGAAGUUGCACGUCGCCGCUACGCCCGCCGGAAUGCGUUUGACGUACAGGAGCGGGACAGAGACUACGCCAGCAUCAAUCGCGAUGAUGACGGCGACGAGAUGUACCAUGAUCUCCUGGACGUCCUGCAGAACAACGCACCGGAGAACUACCCGUACGGCACGACACGCGACCAUGUUCGCCCGUUAGCAAGGGAGCUUAAGGCCGACUUUGACUUCCAUGGUCUAGCCGUUCCGCGUGGUGACUUGACCGACUUCGUGCGAGCGCUGCUGGCGCUACAAUUUAACACGAACCAGAUAACCCUGACAUCCGACAAUUUACGGUAUCUGGAUGACGCCGUUGCGAGCGUCAUGGCUACAUUCACGUGCGAUGAACAAGACGUACACGAUGCGUAUGCUACCGCCGAUGACCUCGUGGCAUGGCCCGCUUUUGAUCAGGGUCUCAAGGAAAUCACACAUCUAUUCGAUCCCGUCUAUCGUGUACUGAAUGACGUCCUACUCAAUGGCGAAGUCAACAUUGAUACUAUCCCGCCUAUCUACGGCGUGCCGCCCGAGCUGCAACCCGAGCUUGACACUGCUGACGAGCCCCAUGUGCUCUCCCUGGGACGCCUGGCACUCGCGAACGCCAUUGUUCCCCCGCUCGUUGACUGGGAUAGCUUCAACACUGUCGCACGGUGGCAUCGCUCUUCGAGCGCGUUACCGAGCAGCAACGCCAUCUGGUCUAACUUACAGACACCCGCGCUCGAGGCAGACGAUGAGCUGCAAGCCUCCACCAUAGCCUUCACCGGACGCGUCCGAGGCUCUGGUGAGCGCUUCGUAGGUGGUGUUCUGGCUGCGGCCGACUACGAUGGAGACGAUGGGCGAGAACAGAUUUAUAGUAUUUAUGUUUUCCGACUUGAACCCUCUGUACGGUAUGCCAAGUUGCUGGGGCAGGAGUGGCGACAAGGCCCUAGUGGGGAACUGGUGUUUGAUAAUACUACGUUGUCGGGAUUUCGACUGGAUGUUGGUGCGAUGGUGGUGGGGAUGGAGGUUCCUGGUGUAAGUGGGGAGCAGGUUAUUGAGCUGGAUGGGUUGGAAAUCUGGAAGGAUGGCCAAUGA